CUGUAUUAGAUUAUAAACAAAGUAUUUCAAAGAAUAAUGUUUGCUUAGAAUUGCCAACACUUUCAGAUGGAUAUCAUGUUUCAAAUACAGCCAUGAAAGAGGUGAGUUUAAAUGGAGUUGUAAUUAUUAUUUCAAGUGUUCAAACGAUGGAAAUAGACCCGUAUGUGCUUACGUGA